AUGGGUCGCCGUGCGAAGAAUAAGCAGGGCCCUCCUGAACCCUUGGAGAAUUUCCAUAAUCUGACCGAAAAACCGUCUCUCAAAAAACUAGGCAAGCGCAAAGCCCAGGAUCCCGAGGUCAAGGAAAAGAGACCUACAAAGAAAGCUCGCGAGAGUGAUGGGAGUGUAUCCAAGAGGCGUAGCAAACCCACGCAGAAGGAAAAAGAGACUGAGGAAUUCAUUGGCGAUUUAGAUGACUUGGGUGCUGACGGUCUGGAUAUCGAGGAUGAUGAUUUCCUACAAGGGCCUGUCCAAGAGCUUGAUCUUGGUUCUGGCGACGAGGAAGAGAUCGAGCUUGCACCUUCAAAAACGAAAGGAAAGAAAUCAAAACAGCAUGAACGACCUCUGAAAAUCAUCCCGACAGGCUCGGAUGAUUCUUCUAACUCAGAUGAGGAUUCAGAGGACGAGGACGGGCGGAUCACGAUGGCAAAUAUGGAGGCGCGGUCUAGGGCUUUAGACGAAAAGGCAGCGCGUGAGGCGGAGCUGGACGCCGAGGAGAUGCAGAAUGCUGCUUUGGUGGGCGAAGAGGAUGGCGACUUGGCAGAUGCAGAUGACGACGAAGACAUGGACGGCGACGGCGAUGAUGGUCAAGAGGCCUUCCACUUACCCACUGCAGAAGAGAGGGAGGAAGAGAAGGCAAGCGGAGGUCCGGAUGUUCAUACUGUCCAGCGCCGUAUGCGUGAAUGUGUACGUGCACUCGGAAAGUUCAAAAGACUAGCUGAGAAUGGCCGGCAAGUCCUCUUCCGAGAUCUAUCUGCCUCGUAUACUCAUUCCUACUAUGGAUACAAUGAGUUCCUUACGGAGAAGUUGUUCCAAUUAUUCCCAGUUGCAGAGGCCAUCGAGUUUUUUGAAGCAAACGAGGUCCCUCGGCCUGUAACGAUCCGGACAAACACCCUCCGCACACGCCGAAGAGAUCUUGCCCAGGCGCUCAUCAACAGAGGCGUCAACCUUGAGCCUAUCGGGAAGUGGACAAAUGUUGGCCUACAGGUAUUCGAGAGCAGUGUCCCGAUUGGAGCGACGCCGGAGUACCUUGCAGGCCAAUAUAUGCUACAGGCCGCGUCGUCAUUUCUUCCCGUUAUCGCGCUAGCGCCGCAGCCCAAUGAGCGCGUUCUGGACAUGGCAUCUGCCCCCGGUGGAAAGACAACGCACAUGGCUGCGCUCAUGGAAAACACGGGUGUGGUAUUUGCAAACGAUGCGAAAAAGGCACGAACGAAGAGCCUCACAGCCAAUGUGCACCGAUUGGGAUGUAAGAAUGUGGUCGUGUGCUCUUAUGACGGCCGUGAAUUUCCCAAGGUGAUGGGCGGUUUUGACCGGGUGCUUCUGGAUGCGCCAUGCAGCGGCACGGGUGUUAUCAGUAAGGAUGCCAGCGUCAAAACGAAUAAAUCCGAGCGCGACUUUGCCCUUUUAUCGCACCUUCAGAAGCAGCUUAUCCUCUGCGCUAUCGACAGCGUGACGCCAGAUUCCAAGACGGGCGGGUAUCUCGUCUACUCCACGUGUUCGGUCACCGUCGAUGAAAACGAAGCGGUCGUCGAUUAUGCGCUCCGCAAGCGGCCGAACGUAAAACUCGUCGACACGGGCCUGGAGUUUGGCCGCCCGGGGUAUACCAAGUAUCGCGGCAAGGUGUUCAACGAGAAGGUCAGCCUGACGCGGCGGUUCUACCCACACGUGCACAACAUGGACGGGUUCUACGUCGCCAAAUUCAAGGUCGAGAAGCGCAUAAAACAGAAGCCACGUGACGAGGAUGAGCCCGUGGCAAUUGGCGUGGACGGCGAGCCGAUCGCUGCGGAGGAUCUUGCGUUCGACAGUGAGGAGGACAAAAAGUACAUGGAAGCGACUCAGCCGAAGAGAAGGAAAGGGAAACGAUCACACGGACCUCAUCGUUCAAAGCCCGUCGAGUCUGCUCCCAUGGCUGCCGAAAUGGCUGCAUAA